AAAGAAGAACCAGCUGGUUACCCCCGUUGGAAGAGAUCAGUGAGGAAGAAGAAGAAGAAAGCAGAGAGAGAAAGUGAAGGAAGAAAAGAGAUUGUACAGAAAUAGAAAAGAUAAUAAUAAUAAUAAGGCGAUAUGGGGAGGGGAAGAGUGGAGCUGAAGAGGAUAGAGAACAAGAUAAACAGGCAAGUCACAUUCGCUAAGAGAAGAAAUGGCCUUCUCAAGAAAGCCUAUGAGCUUUCUGUUCUCUGUGAUGCAGAAGUUGCCCUCAUCGUCUUCUCCAACCGUGGCAAGCUUUAUGAGUUCUGUAGCACCUCUAGCAUGCUCAAAACACUUGAAAGAUACCAAAAGUGCAGUUAUGGCUCUGUGGAAGUGAGCAAACCAGCCAAGGAGCUUGAGACCAGUUACCGCGAGUACUUGAAGCUGAAAGCAAGACUGGAAUCUCUCCAGAGGACCCAAAGAAACCUUCUAGGAGAAGACUUGGGUCCAUUGAACUCAAAGGAACUAGAGCAGCUUGAGCGCCAGCUUGAUUCAUCUCUAAAGCAAGUGAGGUCCAUCAAGACCCAAUUCAUGCUGGACCAGCUGAGCGAUCUUCAAAAUAAGGAACAGAUUCUGGUUGAUGCAAACAGAGCUUUGACUAUGAAGCUUGAAGAAAUCACUUCAAGAAACAACUACAGGCAAUCUUGGGAAGGUGGUGAUCAAAGCAUGCAAUAUGAUUCCCAGAAUGCAAACUCUCAGGGCUUCUUCCAGCCUUUGGACUGCAAUCCCACAUUACAGAUUGGGUACAAUGCUGAGGGUUCAGAUCAGAUAGCAGCAACAACACAAGGUCAUCAAGCGAAUGGGUUUAUUCCAGGAUGGAUGCUUUGAGUGAUGAUGCCUAUGUAAGCAAUUUUGCUGGCAAUGUGCAAAUGAUGCUUCAUCAUCAUAUUCUCUAUAUAAGUUUAUUACUAUGUAAUAAAUCAGCACUUGACUGAUGAAUUCAAUAUAUACAGCUUUGAAAACCUUGAGCCUCUUAUAAAUGGCUUGUACUAUGUCCGUCUAUAGUAUCCUUCCAGCAGGACCAUCUCUUUUAUCAGGUAGGCCAUUUAACAUUUCGUGAUGUUCUGAAUUUGGGUGCAUUAAGGCUAUGUUUAUUGUAGAUAUUAGGGAUUAGGUGCUUAAAUACCCUGGAAAUAUCCAUAAAGGAGCACCUAACAGCUGGAAGUUUUUUU